AUGGCACCGAGGAAACCUGAGGACAAGGCGGUGGAGCAGACCCAACGUGACGAUGAGCGUUUGAUCGCCAUGGAGGGGAAGCUGUCCACGCUGGAGGAACGAAUGGAGGCGAAGAUGACCGAGAUGAUGAAGCUGCUCACCAUGGGCGAGCCGAUCAAGCCAAGGGUGUAUCACGGCGAAGGAUCGGGAAAGGGAGUCAUGGAGGAACCGCGAAACUUGUUCGGAGCAAGGUUCGCGGGAGACUAUGGACCAUCAUCGGGAUCUGUCACGACACAUCCACCGCCGUGGGGAGUGUUGGAGGGCAGAGAAGGAUCGAUGGUUCGUCGGAUGGAGAUUCCGUUGUUCGACGGCGAAAGCGCGGAGAGUUGGGUGCUUCGUGUCGAGCAAUACUUUGAGCUGGGAGAUUUUACGGAGGAAGAAAAGUUGAGAGCGGUGAGGAUGAGUUUUACGGGAGAGGCGCUGCCGUGGUAUCGGUGGGAACGUAGUCGAAACCCAUUCCUCAGUUGGGAACAAAUGAAGGUACGGGUGCUAGAGCAGUUCUCGCCGGCGCAGGACACCAGUAUCGGCGAGCGACUCCUCAGCCUGCGCCAGACGGGAACGGCGCGAGCAUUUCGGCGCGAUUUCAUCGCGUUAGCGUCUAACGCACCCGAGAUCCCUGACCCAAUCCUGGAGAUGGCUUUCCUGAACGGGCUCAAACCCAAGAUCAAGGCGGGGGUUAAGAUGAUGGAGCCACGAGGGUUACAGAGGAUGAUGGACGUGGCGAUUUUGGUGGAGGAUUGGUCCGUCGGAGAAACACCGGAAGAAACAGAAGGGAUUGGGCGAGGAAGCCGUUCGUCUAAUGGACGCUUUCAGGCCCAACAAGGGAAACCGGCCCAACAAACGGUACAAGGACUAAACCCACAAAAGAGCAGGACCGGUUCAACCACAACACCGUUGAACAAUGCCGCGAACCCGAGACCUAGUCACAACCGUCUGAAGGCCCCAUUCCGUCGUUUAACACCGGCGGAGGUGGCGAAAUGGAAAGCGGAGGGCCUAUGCUACCAGUGUGAUGAAAAAUAUAGUUGGAAUCACAAGUGUCAGAAGGCGGAGUUGGUAGUGAUGAUGGUGUUGGAAGAUGGUACUGAGAUUGAUGUUACAAAUUGUUCGGUGGAAUUGGAGGAAGAAGAGACGACGGAGAAUGUUGAGAUGGCAGAGAUUUCACUAAACUCUUUAGUCGGAAUCUCGUCACCACGUACUAUCAAGCUACGGGGGACGGUGAAGGACAAGGAAGUAGUGGUGCUGAUAGACAGCGGGGCGUCCCACAAUUUCAUAUCUAAAGCAGUGGUGGCGGAUUUGAAUUUAGCAACUGAUACGACGCGGGGCUACAAUGUACUCACCGCCGGUGGUAUCACGAUCAGGGGAGAUGGGCUUUGCGAUGACCUUGAGCUGAAGUUGCAGGGGUGCACGAUCGUUUCAAGUUUUUUACCAUUAGAGUUGGGAAGUGCCGACGUAAUUUUGGGAAUGCAGUGGCUUGAGACAUUAGGCGACAUGAAGGUUAACUGGAAGCUGCAAACCAUCAAAUUCAAGAUUGAGGGAGCGAAGUAUACAAUGCGAGGAGACCCUAGCCUUUGUUGUUCCGCGGCAUCUCUCAAGUCCAUUUUGAAGUCAAUCCAACAUGACGGAGAAGCAAUGUUGGUCGAGUAUAAUGGAGUGCAGUUGGUGGAGAGCUUGCAAGGAGACAUGACUACGGGACCACCUCCGUUACAGGACAUGUUGGAAGAAUAUGGAGACAUCUUUGCGGAGCCUGAAGGACUACCACCAUCACGGGGAAGAGAACAUGCGAUAGUGCUGAAAAACGACGCUGACCCCGUAAGUGUGCGAUCCUUCCGGUACCCGCAAGCACAGCGAGAGGAGAUAGAGAAGCAGGUAGCUGCAAUGCUCGCAGCAGGAAUCAUCAGGGAUAGCAACAGUCCGUUCUCAAGUCCGGUCCUGUUGGUCAAAAAGAAAGAUGGAAGUUGGAGGUUUUGCGUGGAUUACCGAGCUUUGAAUAAAGCGACUAUUGCUGAUUGCUAUCCCAUUCCCAUGAUAGAUCAGCUGCUAGACGAGUUACAAGGAGCGGUGGUGUUUUCCAAAUUGGAUUUGAAGUCAGGCUACCACCAAAUCUUGGUAAAGGCGGAGGACGUGCAGAAGACGGCGUUUCGCACUCAUGAUGGGCAUUAUGAAUUCCUUGUAAUGCCCUUUGGGUUGUCCAACGCGCCGGCUACAUUCCAGUCACUUAUGAACGAGGUGUUCAGAAGCUAUUUGAGGAAGUUUGUCCUAGUGUUCUUCGACGACAUUCUUGUUUACAGUCGGUCAGAAGGGGAACACGAGGAGCAUCUGAGGGCGGUGUUGGAGUUGUUAAGGACUCACAAGCUCUAUGCUAACAGGAAAAAAUGUGAGUUCGGGAGUUCAAGUAUCGAAUAUUUGGGGCAUAUCAUCUCCAAAGAUGGUGUCGCAGCAGAUGAGGGAAAGAUACGCGCAAUGGUCGAAUGGGCGGAGCCUAAGACAGUGAAGGAGCUGCGGGGGUUUCUUGGCCUCACUGGUUAGUAUAGGAAGUUCGUGCAAGGAUAUGGAGAUAUUGCACGG